AUGUCACGCACUUACAAUGGGUCUUCCUCCUCAUCAAUAUUUCUGAAACCACGUCGAUUUUUCAAUAACUACUUUCUACUGGAAAAAUCACCAACUUCAACAUUACCUGAUUUAGAAACAAACACUAGCAUCAGAACUAGUCUUCAUAGACUAAGACAUCACAAAUUCAUAAAGGGAGAGAUUUUACACUAUGGGUUUCUUUCUUUUGUUUGGUUAUUUGUCUUUACCAUAUACCCAGCAUCCAUCUUGUUUAAAAUUCCAGUUUUACUUGCAUUGCUAACCAUUAUUACUAUUCCAGCAACUUCACAAUUUUUUUUACCAGCACUUCCCAUUUUGACUUGGUUGGGUUUUUACUUCACUAGUUCCAAAAUACCUCAUUCUUGGAAACCAGCUAUUUCAGUCAAGGUUUUACCAGCCAUGGAGACUAUCUUGUAUGGUGAUGAUUUAUCAAAUGUAUUGGCAACCAUCACUAACCGUGGUUUGGAUAUUUUGGGCUGGUUACCUUAUGGUUUAUUUCAUUUUGGUGCUCCAUUUGUUGUAGCUGCAAUUAUGUUUUUCUUUGCUCCACCAACUAGUUUAAGAUCAUUUGCGUUUGCUUUUGGUUAUAUGAACUUGUUUGGGGUUAUUAUUCAAAUGAUGUUUCCAGCUGCUCCACCUUGGUACAAGAAUUUGUAUGGAUUACAACCAGCCAACUAUACCAUGCAUGGCUCACCAGGUGGAUUGGGCCGUAUAGAUGAAUUAUUGGGAGUCGAUAUGUACACCACUGGGUUCUCCAACUCACCGGUUAUUUUUGGUGCUUUCCCAUCAUUACAUUCAGGUUGUUGUAUUAUGGAGGUUUUGUUUAUGUGUUGGUUAUUUCCCCGUUUGAAAGUACUUUGGGUGUUUUAUGCAUCUUGGUUAUGGUGGAGUACAAUGUACUUGACUCAUCACUAUUUUGUUGAUUUAACUGGUGGUGCUGUAUUAUCAUUGGUUGUUUUUGAAUUUGUCAAGUUUAAAUACCUACCUAAGGCUAACAAGCGUUGUCGUUGGUCUUAUACGGAAUUGGAAUACUACAGCACAACCAAUGAUGACCCUUUAGGAGGUAACAGUGCUGCCACUCGAGUUGUUCGCGGCGGCGAUUUGGAAAAUUUUGCAUAUUCAAGAGUAUACCCAUCAUUGUCACAGCAGCAACAAUUGCAAGAGCAUCCGCAACAACAACAACAAUCACUGUCUAAUCAAGAAAACAUACAAGAGGAGGUGUUUGAAAUGGGCACCAUCUCACGUUCAAGAUCAUCACCAAGGUCCUUUGUUUCUCUUGGAAGUAGCACCAAUGUUGCUGAAGAGAACUUUGACCUUGCUGAUGAGGAAGAAGAUAUCGGUUCAGGAUCAUCAAAAACUCCCUCAGUAUUUGAAGAAGAUACACAAAAUUACGUCGUUUCUCAAACUACCUCCGUUGAAGACUUGACUAAUAAUACACAAGCAUCAGCUGCAGGCAACGGAGCUACCGAUAAGUCAUCAAGACUUGGAAUCAAUGGUUGA